AUGGCACCAUCAAGCAAAGAAUUCAACUUCUUUUCGCAGGCUACAGAUCGCAAGCCUCUUCCAUCGGAUCCGACGAUCAGAGCCGACAUCGAAGCAGUACUCCGGGACGGCUUCGUAAUAAUACCGGAUUGCUUCACCAAAGAUGAGGCAGCAGAAGCUCGAAAUGAAAUUAUGAGGCUUUUGGGAGAAAGUCCCAGAGGUGGUCGGAACAGCUUCGAGGGUCUCAACACUAAUCGUAUCUACUCGCUAUUGAACAAAAGUCGAGUUUUCGACAAAUUCACAAUUCUCCCGCGAGUGCUCGCCCUCAACGACUACUUCCUUGAUCCGGGCUAUCUUUUGUCGGCGUUCCAUACCAUUAACAUCAACCCUGGAGAGGUAAAGCAGAAUCUGCACCAUGAUGAUGGCUACAUACAGGUUCCUAGGCCCAGGGCGCCCUUUGGAGCGGCUAUCAUGGUUGCCUUGGAUGAGUACACUGCUGCAAAUGGUGCCACCAGAAUAAUUCCUGGAAGUCAUAAUUGGGGUAGUGAACGCCAGGGCAAAGAGGAAGAGACAGUGCCAGCGCUCGUACCGGAAGGUGGUGUUGUCUACUUCAUUUCCACAGUGAUACAUGGCGGAGGGCAGAAUACCACCACGAAACCGCGAAUGAGCGCGACGGUCCAAUACUGUAAUCCAUAUAUUCGUCCGAUUGAGAAUCAGAUACUCGCCGUCGAUCCUCGGAAAUUGGAUGAGCUUGAUUCGAGGAUCGUCGAUAUGAUGGGAUACAAGGAAAUGAAACCUUUCAUGGGAUAUGUAGAUGCUCUCAACCCCAGAUUUGGGGCUGAGCGUAUGAUCCAUUGGCUGAAAGGCGACGUUGACUACAACCCACCGACAUUCGCGCGAGAGCACAAGUUGUAG